AAUUUGGCCACUAACAAAAGAACACGACAUUUUCAUUUAAUAAAUAUCAUCCGAAUAAAGUACACGUAAUUGAAAAAGAAAAGCGCAACAGAAAACAGCAGCAAAUACAAAAAAAGAAAAAAUAACCAAAACAGAAAAAAGUUGCGUGAGCAAUGAAGAAAAUUAAAAAAACAACUCCAAGCAGAAUACGCAGUUUUAGUUGUUGUUAAAUGUAUUGUGUUUGUGUCAUGGAUAGGGUUGACUCAGAUGUAAACUAUGGUCAUCCAAAUUCGCUAUCAUUAUUAUUACCUUGAAGAUAAAAUUAAUACGGAAACACACGUCAGAUUAUAACAAGACGCUCAACAGCAAAGAUCUACUACUACUGUUUUAAGCAAAAAUAAAUUAUGAAUUUUUGAAAUUUAUUUCGAAGAUUCUUUUUAAUACAACAAUUUACUGGAAUAUUGAAAAGUGGUAUUAAAUAAAUUAAACAUACAAAAUGUCAACACAACCAACUGUUUUUAUAACAGUGCCCAAAUAUGUGGCCAUAACUCCUAUGCAAGCAGCAGGUUCUGCUGUCACAACCAUUGGCAGCACAGCCCUGCCAAAAAUUAGACCAGCUCCCACUCAGUCUCCGGUUACAGAAGAAUGUAAUAAUAGUACAGAUUCAAGUGAAACCCAAGCACCCAAGGGGAAGAAGAGACGUUUGGAUCAUUUAACAUGGGAGGAAAAGGUGCAGAGAAAAAAAUUAAAAAAUCGUGUUGCUGCUCAAACAUCGCGAGACCGCAAAAAGGCCCGCAUGGAGGAAAUGGAACACGAAAUUGAUGAGUUAACAGAAAAAACACAGAUUUUAGUCAACAAGUGCGAGUCAUUGCAAGUCAUCAACGAUUCGCUAUUGGAGAAAAAUCAAAAACUCGACAUGGAAGUCGAGAUAUUGCGACAACAAUUGCAAGAAUUACAAAAACAACAACAGCAGCAACAGCUUCACCAUCAACAACAUAAGACUGUCACCUGUGCUGGCUGUGAGUCCUUACUCAACGGAUCCGCAGUAUCCAAUACUGACCCUCUGCCGCAGGGCUCAAACCUCAAGGACUCCCAGUCGUCACAGGAGACAAUCGCCGUGUUGAAGUUGAAGCAACAGCUGAAAAAGAAUGCAACAGUGUCGUCCCUAUGGCGUGUAAUAGCUCUCUGCCUUCUCUACAAGAUAUGCUCUUACCCGACAUCGAAAUCGACGAAGGAGCUCGAUGAUGCAGAGUUUGAUGCCGGAAAGCUGGAAGAACUUGCCGAAAGCCUGCUUGCCGAUAUCACCGCAGACCUGGAAGCAAGCGAUAGAGCGAGCAAUGCGCCUGUUGCCGAAACUACAAGCGGAUCAGAGCGAUUGUUUGGAUCAAUGGUGGGGUCCGCAGCAGAGUGCUUGGAAUCCAGCCAACAUAAAAUCAGCUACAAUGGCAGCAGCAUAGAACCAUUAUUAAAUAUUGUCACAACACAAACAACAUCAAAUCAAACAAUUUCAAAUCAUAAUAAUUUCAUACAAACACCUGAACUAACGUUGGAAAAUAAAUUUGAAAAAGAAACAACUGCAGCCAUUGUAAACAGCAGCAGUCUCAGCACACAAACACCACAAACUUUAAAUGUAAACAACACUAGGACUACUACAGCCUUAAUAACAACAGCUCUACCAGACUCCGCAAACGUAACACCCGAUACUGUUUAUGGUACAUACGAUGCUAAAACAAAUUCCAUAACCAUUGUCAUGGACGAUGUGGCAGUUCCAGUUAGUGAAGCUGUUGAAGAGAUUUACUGUGAUGGUGUAGCCGCCUCUAGCUCUACGGAUGAGGUUGUAUGCACAACCGGAAUGGCUUCACCCUCACAUGUUUACCUCAAUGUUACCACCUGCUCAGACGAUGAGGCUGAUGAUGACGAUGACGUCAAUUUCAAUCUCGAUCCCAUUGAGAAAUUUUUGUGUCCCAAACGCCCUUUGGUCUCACCUCUAGCGAAAUCUCCAGCUCCUUCAUUACACUCUGCCACAUCUGAUCAUGGUUAUGAAUCAAUAAUCGGUUCCCCAUCACCGCCCAGCCAUCAUUUUGAGCCUUUAAGUGAGGAUCUCAGUAAUGAUGACUUCAGUACGUGGCCACCGGGCUUCAAUGAAUUAUUUCCCAGUUUAAUAUAGACAAUUUUAAAUUUUGUUGAACAAAAGAAUGCUCUCUAUUUUUUAUAAAGAAAUAUAUUUAUUUUUAGCAUCGUAUGUGUUUAGGUUUGAAUUGUAAGUUUAAAACAAAGACGCUUUAAUUUAUUGUUAUAAACAAUAGUCUAAUUAAUGUAAAUAGUUCUUAAGGCUGUUAGUUUUACUUAUGUAGUUUAGUUGUAAACGUUUAUUUAUAAUUUAGUUUUAGGUGUACGUACACUAUUUUAUUUCACUAUAAAACAUACUGUUGUAAAUAAUUAUGCAGAAUUUAUAUUUAUAAUUUAUUUUCCAAUGAAUUGGAAACUCUACUCGUGUAAGGUUAAAACCACUUUUACUGCUUGAAUUUAAAUUAUGGGAAAAAUCAUUUUUUAAAUUCUUCCAGUAAAUUGGAUUUAACUUUGAGUUUGUAUUCUAAGGUAGCAGUUAGUAAAAUAACAAUUAUAUUUAUGCUCAAGUGUUUGUUAAGAAUUAAGUAAUUGAAAAAAAAAGAAAUAAAUUUCAGUUUUUUUUUGUAAAA